AAUAGUUACCAUAGUUAGGAAAACUAGAACAAAUUGUUUUCAGUUCGCUUGAGUUAUAGACGGUCAACUUGAAUAUUAUUCACUACUAUAGGGAUUUACAUCAAUUCAAACAUAAGAAGCUAAGUAUAUGCAUACUUUGACACAAAGACCUACAGGCAACAUUCUACUGCUGAUCAUUUGACCCUGCGUAAAAACUUUUCAAUACGCUUUGUUCCACAUACAGAGGUGAUACAGCAAAGAAUAUGGAGAAUGACAGGAACAUUGUACAAAACGUGGUAAGUUUUAAAGAUAGUGAUUUUGGAAGCAUUGUACUGAUAGAGAGUCGGUUUAUAGAGGUAACCCCAUCGGGUGAUGCCAUCAGGGUGUUAUACGCAGGAUUGACGCUAGACACCCUCAUACUCGUGAAGCAUAAUCCUAAACGAAUCUUGGACUACAUGAACGAUAGACUCGAUAAAAACGACAGCCGUUUUGACUCAGAUAUCAAUGAUUAUGAAAUAGAUAGGAUACUUCCUUUGGAAAAUAUGAAUAUUGAAAUACAAUGCCCGAUGCUAAGAAAAAUACGGCUUGAAUUAAAAAACGGCGAGAUGAUUUAUUUAGAACUAAGCGUGAGAAACUUUAAAGACAUUUGGCACGAAUGGGUGGAUCAAAUAAAGAUAUGCAAUUCUAGGAUCAACUUAACUAGUGUACAUAACGUAAGUAACUCUUCGGGGGACGAGGUUAUAAGUGAUGCUAUGGAAUCUAUUGAAGAUCACAGGACAAAGGAACGCACUGAAAAUAUUGUUGAUCAAGAAAAAGCUAAUGUAGCACUGAAGCGAGCGGGUGUAAACGCUAGGACUCUAAGUCUGAACAACUUGAUACAACUUGAUCAAUCCGACGACACAACAGCUAGCAUGGUUAGUGAAUGUGACGCUCGAGUUGGUGUUGUCAAUGCGGCAUUCUCAAUGGAUGAACAUCUAGAUAGCAACGGUGAUAAAGUGGAAGCAAACUUAAACCAAGAUGGCCAUGUACCAAAUCUUUCUCCGAUAAGACGUGCAUCAAUAGCAAUACAGAAUACACUCAGCCGAAUAUUUUCGUCUUCGCACGCAUGGUAUGACAUUCGUGAGAAGGAGCAAAUCACCGAUGCAACUUCAGUUGAUAAUAUAUCAGGAAAUAAAAUUCAAAAUGACGUCACUGAUAUUAAUUCGAUUAUUGGAUUAGAAACCAAUAGUGAUAGCUCUUCAAUUAAAUCGAAAGAUACACAUAAACCCGGAACCUUAUCUAACCACAACGAAAAACACUUGACUUCAGUGAACUCAAUUAAACAUAAAGCUCUUUCGAUUAAUGAACAACCAGCGACAUGCCAAAACAAUGCCACGUGGAUUAAACAAACUAUUGAGAAAGAAGGAAAUAAUACUUGGAAUGGUAAUGCAACAUCGAUACAAAGACUACAGACUAAUUUCUCAGAGAGGUCGAUUGUUAUGGCAGGACGAAAAAUGAGUUUGUUCGCAGGUGACUUGCUAGGUCUCCAUCACCAGGCGGGUAUAUUUACAAACAGUUCAGCAGGUCAUAGGUCAUCGCUCUCAGCAAUAUAUGACAACCCUUUAGAAUUGUCAUUUUAUAGCACAGCUUCGCCGGAAUUUCUUCAUCCUUUAGAAACCAGGCAGAACAUGAGGGCAACAUCCCUGCCAUCUAUUCUACAACAUAACGUCGCAUUAUUGAACGAAGGCCGUGGUCUGUUUCGAAAAACUAAUGACAAUACAGAGAUGGGGUUUCAUACAAAAGGGUCGUUUGAAAGGAAGAUUAAAGAGGCAAGGUCAAGCUUAGGGAAAACUGAUUUAGAAUUUGCCAGUUAUCAAAAUUCGAAGUAUUCGCGUCCAUCUUUGAGCAUAGAACGGACGUGCAGUUCUUCUAGCAUAGAGAGCAUUGACGAGGUGGUAGAGAACUUCAAGAAAACAGAACCAAAACAAAAGAGACGCAUCUUGGGUAGUAUGCGUAAAUAUGGCAAGGCAGACAGUAAAGUUGAUUUAAUGAUGGAUGAACCUGAUUAUGGAAUAGAUAUGGAAUCUCAAAUAGACCAUAUGAUGAGCAGAAAGAGAAGGUUUCAUCUUGAUAUAUCGUGUUGUCGUCGUAGAAAGUCAAAUCCUCCGGAUAUGGUGCUACUUCAGCGGCGGAGAGGAGGGGUAACUAACAUAGAAUUUGCCAAAUGCAAACCUGCAAAGAAAAGAACGCAUAAAUCGUUGGUUUUUAAACGUAAGCAGGUUGCUGGUGAGAGCUUGGUAGAACAUGUCAGAGAUGUCGACCCUGUGAUCUUAGCACAAGAGAUGAGUCUUAUAGACAAAGAAAUGUUUGUUCACGUCGAGGAUGUGGAAUUCAUUGAUUGUGCCUGGACCAAAAAAGACAAGUACACCAAGUCCCCCAACAUUAUGGCGAUGAUAGACUUUUUCGAGAGAGUUGCAAAUCUGGUGUGUACAGAGAUCUUGAGCGAAGAGACUCCUCAACAGCGCGCCUCGGUGAUGGCACAAUGGAUAACCGUUGCACAACGGCUAUUGAAGAUGUCCAACUUUAACUCACUUCAAGCCGUACUGGGGGGUCUUCAGCUGCAUCCGGUAUUCAGACUUCAGGACACCUGGGAGAUACUGGAGAAUAAAUUCAGUAACAAAUAUAAGAGUUACCGUGAGGCACUUGAAACUGCCAUUAGUCGUCCACCCGCCAUGCCAUUCCUCGGUGUUCUCCUUCAAACUGUCCUUACAUCACAGGCCAUGCAAGCCAUGAGGGCCAAGCAUAAUGAUGCUGACACGGAGAGACAAGAAGACAGCCCUUUGAUAUCUGGUAAUAAAAGUCGACGUUCUUGCAGCUUCGAGAAGAAAAACAACAAAAUAACUAAUAGGAAUAUUGUUGAGAAUAAAGUACCUCCACAGCUAGAUCUCGUAUCUUCAUGUGUCGUUCAUACUUCAAAUCAAAAUGACGACAUGGGUCAUGUGAGUUUAGAUUCCUCUCUAGAGAUGCAAUGUUGUGACGUUCUAGACUAUGAUGUUGAAGAACAAAACGUUGAAAGUGAAGACAUGGUUUUAGACUCUGUUGAAUUUACGCAAGCAACGCCAUAUCAUGAAACAAAUAAGGCAAAACGUCUGAUAAAAAAGAGCAAUGAGACGUUGCAUAAUAUUCUACAGGUGAAUCGCACUACUCACACUGUUAGUAAAUUGUCUAACCCUCAGUUCACCCCUGAUGACAACGAAAAGAAAAGAUCAAGUGAAAAUAAAGAAUGUUCAUGUGUAGCUGGAAAUGACACUAGUUCAAAUAGAUUUAGACGUCACGUUUUGUUUAAAGAGGAAGAGAAACAAAAUCAGGGAUUGAUGAGAUAUGUUGAUCCUAAGGAGCUACUGUUUCAAUAUCAAAUGUCAUCUAUUCAUUACAAUUUCACAACUGAAAGGAAUAUAAGAGAUUUUCUACUGCGGGCAAGUUAUAACACCAAUGAAGAGAACUACCACCUGUCGUGUUCAUUGGAGCCUCCGAGAAAGUGCUAACGAAUCUCAUUGCGUACAUUAAGUUCAGGGAUGACUUAAAUGCUCAAAUAUACAUGCAUGAGACACUUCACUGCCAAGCUUAAGUGAACACUGUAUCUGCUAGCGCGCAUGCGCUUGUCGCUGCGCUUAUCAUGUACGUUAUAUCAAAACUCGAGUAUAUUUACUGAAUAUUGCGAUAACAAAGACACACUGUUUUUUGGUUUUUAGAUAUCAGAAUAUCAAAACAGAAAAAUCUAAAAUAUUUGUUGUGAAAAAAACCUGAACUAAAUGGUUCUAAUCAGACAAGAUUCGAGUCAAGGUUAUGAUUGAAUCAAAUAGCCUGGAUGCGAGUAGAAAUAAUCUUGAUUUACGUCAUUAAAAAUUUAAAAUUCAGUCAAACUGAUGUCAUAUUUGGAAUCUAUGUACAAUUGCAUCGAGAAAUGUGGUUUAGAAAAGAGUUUAUCAACUUUGAAAAUUUAAUCUUUGAAAAUGUGACUUAGGUCGGGGAUUUUCCAAAUAUAGACCCCAUGUUGUAAAAUCAUAAAAA